AUGGAACGGCUCGCGACGACUUCGAUGCGGUGCCGUCGCCCUCUCACAGGCACGAGACCGUCGCUACUAUCACAGCCGCUCCUGCGACAGCCGCAACCACGGAGAUGGAGGUCUACACAUCGAGGCGGCACCAGGACCGCUCUCUUCUUCCCAGGCCAGGGCGUCCAACGGGUGGGCAUGCUAACGCCAUGGCUCGAGGCGUUCCCCUCGACGGCCUCGCAGCUCCGCGAUGAGAUCGACGAGUAUAUGGGCUACAAGCUCUCCGACAUCAUCCAGUAUGGGCCCUCCAAGCUCCUAACCGAAACCCCCAACGCCCAGCCCGCCAUCAUGGCCACCUCCAUCUUCAUCCUCCGCAUCCUCGAGCGCGAGUUCGGCUUCAAGGUCACGGACCACUUCGACGUCACACUGGGCCACUCCCUCGGUGAAUUCGCCGCUGUCGUUGCCGGCGGGUACAUUUCCUUCCAGGACAGCCUGCACCUGGUGCGCAAGCGGGCCGAGGCUAUGUCGGAGGCGACGCGUCAGGCCAUCGAGCAGUACGGCGGCGAGUACGGCAUGGUGGCCGUUAUUUCGCACCCAGAGCACAUGGAAAACCUUAUCAAGGCUAUUCGCCAGUUUGUCGGCGUCUCAGCCGAGGACAUGGACGAUGUGCCGCCCAUCGAGCAGGUGCUGAUUGCAAACAUCAACAGCAAGAACCAAAUUGUCUUGAGCGGCAACAUCGAGCGCAUCAAGACCCUCAUCGCCCACCUCCGCCAGUUCUUGGGCUACGAUCCCCGCGCCGUCCGCCUCAAGGCCGACAGCCCCUUCCACAGCCCGAUUAUGAAGCCGGCCGUAACCGUGAUGCGAAACCUGCUCAACGAGGGUAGCCGGGUCAAGGGUCGUGAAAACGAGGACAUGGUGACAUUCCCUGGCCAGCUGCCGAUCGUGAGCAAUGUGUCUGCGCGGCCCGUAUGCUGCAAGGCCGACUUCAAGGAUCUGCUAGCUCGAGGCUGCCUCGACACGGUUCGUUGGUGGGAGAGCAUCAGGUACCUCGAUCAAGAGGGACGGAUUCGACGCUGGGUAGGCGUGGGGCCUGGCAAGGUCGGGCGCAACCUCGUCGGAAAGGAGGUGGGUAUGCGCGGUAAAGAUCUAGUAAAGGGAGGAGGCGUAUGGGCGAUUACAGACCCUUCAGAAGUAGAAGAGGUUCUAAAGGGAUUAGAAGACACUGCUGGCAUCAUGGAAGAUGACGAAUAUUCAGAGUAA